AUGCAGACCGAAGGGGGCCAUCGGUGGGCCAGAAGGGCUCUGCUCCUUGGCAUCUUCUGGGCCACCGCACACCUGCCUUCCCCGGGUGCCCCCCUGCCGCAGCGCCUCCCGAGGGCCACAGGAAAUAGCACCCAAUGUGUGAUGCCUCCGUCCCUGGAGUUUCCUGAAGGGUUUUUCACGAAACAGGAGCGCACAGAUGGAGGCAUCGUAAUCUACUUCCUAAUUAUCCUGUACAUGUUCAUGGCCGUGUCUAUUGUCUGUGAUGAGUACUUCCUACCCUCCCUGGAAAUCAUCAGUGAAUCCCUUGGACUGUCUCAGGAUGUUGCAGGUGCAACUUUUAUGGCAGCCGGCAGUUCAGCUCCCGAGCUGGUUACUGCUUUCCUGGGUGUAUUUAUCACAAAGGGAGACAUUGGCAUUAGCACCAUUCUCGGAUCCGCACUGUAUAACCUCUUUGGCAUCUGUGCAGCUUGUGGCCUACUAUCUAACGUGGCCUCAUCGCUAUCAUGUUGGCCCUUAUUCAGAGACUGUGCAGCAUAUGCAAUUAGUGUAGCCGCAGUCCUUGGCAUAAUAUUCGACAACCAAGUUUACUGGUAUGAAGGAACUUUACUGCUUUUGAUAUAUGGAUUGUAUGUUUUGGUGCUAUGUUUUGACAUUAAAAUUAAUCAAUAUAUUAUGAAGAAAUUCAGCCCUUGCUGCACUUGUCUUGCUGAAACUACGGACAGAAGUGAGCAAGAAUCACUGAUGGGAUGGGAAGACGACGGUCAACCGCUCAUCCAUCGGCAAUCAAGGACUGACAGUGGGAUAUUUCAUGAUGAUUCUGGCUACUCUCAGCUUCCGUUAAGUUUGCAUGAUCUUAGUCAGGUUUCUGAAGAUCCACCAAGUGUUUUCAACAUGCCUGAAGCAGACUUAAAAAGAAUUUUUUGGGUACUAUCCCUUCCUAUCAUUACCUUACUUUUUCUAACCACACCAGAUUGUAGAAGAAAGUUCUGGAAAAAUUAUUUUAUUAUAACCUUUUUCAUGUCGGCACUAUGGAUAUCUGCAUUUACAUAUAUCCUGGUUUGGAUGGUCACAAUAACUGGGGAAACAUUAGAAAUCCCAGACACAGUAAUGGGCCUUACUCUAUUAGCGGCAGGAACAAGCCUGCCAGACACGAUUGCCAGCGUGCUGGUUGCAAGAAAAGGCAAAGGAGAUAUGGCUAUGUCUAACAUCGUGGGAUCCAAUGUGUUUGAUAUGCUGUGCCUAGGUGUUCCAUGGUUUAUUAAAACUGCAUUUAUAAACACAUCAGCUCCUGUGGAAGUGAACAGCAGAGGACUGACUUACAUAACCAUCUCUCUCAACAUUUCUAUUAUUUUCCUUUUUUUAGCAGUUCACUUCAAUGGCUGGAAACUAGACAGAAAGCUGGGAGUAGUCUGCCUGUUAUUAUACUUGGGGACUGCCACAUUAUCAGUUCUACAUGAACUUGGAAUCAUUGGAAAUAAUAAAAUAAGGGGCUGUGGAGGUUGA